UCCUGACCUAUUUCAUGUCCGAAAAUGUAGGUUCAAAACAUCUCCUUGCACCAAAUCAAUCAAGAAAGGAAAAUUAAUUAAAAUUCGUAAAUACACGAAGGCGCACGGCCUGGUAAGCAUGGAGUUCUGUUCAUUCAUGGCUACGUCAACAUGGCGGAUCAACUUGAAAGCGAGUCAGCUGCAGCUUUGUUGAGUUUUAAAAAUGGUAGUUUUGGCUGUAAAAGUGAGUUGGAUUGUAACACAAUGGAGGUCGAUAUGGAUGAAGCGCCCAUUCUUGGACCUGCUGCAUUGGGACUGCAAAGGGUUGGGGAAGAAAUGCCACCUCGACAGCCGACAACUCAACCUGGACUGGUCCUUAAUCGUCGGGGAAUGCCUGCACGUAUUCGAAAGAAGAAUAGACUCUUUUUUGAUGAUGAUGUGGUCAACACAUUACUGCCGCGGUCCACAAAACGUGGUGUGCGAGGAUCUCCGAAUAAAAAGAAUGCAACCACACCAAGCAAGGUGAUACAAACUCCAAUUAAAAAACAGCAUGUUCCACAACCGACAUUUAAUCAAGAGCCUCCUGCUCCUGCCACCCCGGAGCAACAUGAGGCAGCUGGUCCACCAACAUCUUCUCCAGAUCGCCGUGUAGGCCAGAGGAUAGGCAUGAGACUAAGAAACUUAUUGAAACUUCCCAAAGCUCAUAAAUGGGUGUGCUAUGAGUGGUUUUACAGUAACAUAGAUUUGCCAUUGUUUGAUGGAGACAAUGAUUUUAUGUUGUGUCUCAAAGAAGCGUUGCCUCAGUUGCGCACACGAAAACUUACGAGAGCAGAAUGGGCAAACAUACGGCAUAUGAUGGGAAAACCUCGGCGGUGUUCACAGGCGUUCUUUGAAGAGGAAAGAAGGGAAUUGGAAAGAAAACGAACGAAAAUUCGUUUGUUGCAACAACGUAAAACUGCUGAUGUGACAAAUUGCAAAGACCUUCCUGAGGAAAUUCCUUUACAAUUGGUGAUUGGCACCAAAGUUACAGCAAGAUUGCGAAGGCCACAGGAUGGACUAUUUACUGGCAGUAUAGAUGCAGUAGACACAUCAAACAAUACUUAUAGAAUUACAUUUGAAAGACAGGGUUUAGGAACACAUUCAGUCCCUGAUUAUGAAGUGUUGUCUAAUGAACCUCCUGAAACAAUUACUGUGUCAAGUUUUGCACAGAAGUUCCGUCCACGCAAUUUGUCUUCUUUCAUGACUCCACCUAGAUUACUACCUGCGCAUACUCCACGUCUUUCGGAUCCAAUGGUGGGUAGUGGAGUUGUUGGCAAGUCAAAGAGCAUUCCCUCUGAUGGAAUGUUAGGUGGAUUCCCUGUGAAAUGUUUGGAUAUGGUUGUUCGCCUAUCUAAAAUUCUUAAUGCUAAGAAAAACAAAAUAAAGAUUCUUAGAGAUAUGAAUGCUGAGGCAGAAAAAAAGAAGUCUUUUGGAGGUCUUAUUGCUGAAGACUUUCAGCGUAGAUAUGCGAAUACUGUGGUGGAAUUGGAGCGGUUGAAUCGUGACCUGCAAGGUUAUUUGACAUCAGUUCAAAAGUACUGCCAAGAGAUUGCCCCUGAGCCCAGCCAAGCGGCUGUUUUAGCUCCUGCUCAUCUACAAGAGAGGAGCCAGCGAGAAGCCAAAGAUAUGGUAGAGACCGCUAUUCAAACAAAGAACAUAGUGAAGAGCAAAAGGAUGGUUUCUCUCAUUACCCAGCUAACUGCUCUAAUGUUGCAAGUUAAAAGUCUUUCUGAAGCAGAUCGCAGUGCCUAUGAGGUCAAAGUUCUUCAGAGCUCAAUGGAAGAGAUACGUUCACAGUUGAGCCCUAAAAACCAGUACAAUUUCCAAAAUUCUGUGGAGAUUCAUAUGCAACAUAUCCAAAUGGGACUUUGUCACAGUGGAUCAUUUAAUCCACUUAUGGCACAACGAGUGUAAGGAUAAUACGUGAAUUUUUAUUGUAGUACAAACAAUUCCAAACUGGAAUCCUUUCUUUGGAUGAUACUCAUCUGAUAGGUUAUCUAAAAUCUUAUAAAAACUGAUUUUGUAGUAAUGUUGUAACAUACAAAACAUUCUGAGUAUCCAUUAUUUUUUUAAUCUUACAGCACUAUUUAGCUCUGAUAGUAAUCUUAAUUACAUACAAUCCUCAGGUUUUAUUUAUAUUGCUCUACCUUACGAUACAGCAUGUAAAUUAAUCCAUUUAAGGUUUCCAAUCAUUGGAUAUGUGCCUACAUGAUCUUCCUGCGAUAAGGAAAUAUUUUGACUAUUGCUAGAUGCAGUAAGUUUGAUUUCAAUUCUAUUUCUUUGGUGAGUUAGGUGUUAAAACUACUGUUAUUACUGUGACAAUUCGAUAAGAUAACGGCCACUUAGUUUUUAGUUUGUUUUGUAUAUUCUUAAAUUAAUUUGUAUACUUUAUAAUCGAAGUCUGUAUAUUUGACAAUUGUGUUCUAAUUACAAUUAAAAUGUUUCUGAAUUGACUAAUGUAUCGUAUUGAAAUUAUGGACUCUGCAAAUGAGAUAAUUAAUGUAUAUAAAUAUUCUUCUUUCUCUUUUUAAAAUAUUUUAAAAUGUAAUCAUAGUUACAUUAUUCUGGAUGCAAUUUUCCAAAAAUUAUUCUGUAAUCUUCCAUUUCAGCAUGGUACUUUUAUGUAUGAAAUAAAACUGGCAAGAAUGUAUAUGUAGGAGGCUUCCAUGUAGUGUAAUUAAUUACAUAUGUGAAAAGAAAAUUCCUUUUUACUAUACAAAGUUUACCAACAAACCAAAUACAUCUUCAUAGUAUUCUGUUGAAACAUCAGAGAAGACAAUUAGGUUUCUGGGCUUGUCUAUGCUUGUAGUACUUUAUUUUAUGUACUUUGAUUAAAAAAUGGUAAAAUUUGUUAAACACGGUUGCAUUCCUGUUAUACAUUUUCUUGUCAGUCGCAAUUAGUUAUGCAAAUCUUGUAAUAAUUUCCAAAAAGAUAAAAUCUUCAAUUAUUUAUGUAAAGUUGUAGAAUAUAUUUUGAAUUUUAAUAUACAAUAAAUAAUGAGAGAUGAGUGUAAAUUGGUUUUCAAAUGGAUAUGUACACAUGAAUAUUAAGUCUUUAUUUUAUUUUUGUUUUUAAGGGACAUGUAUUCCUAUUUUUAUUAAAUAAAUGUGUUAUUACAUUUAUUUGAACAGAAUCGUAUUCAUAUUAAAUUUUAGUUUUUAGUUAUUACUGUUGUGCCAAGUGAAACUUAAUUAUUGUGUAAAUAGAACAUUGACUCAAACUUCAUAUUAAUUGCAUCCUUUUGUGGAAUUGUUUCAGUUUCUUAGAAAAAAAUUAAUUUGUCUACAUGAUUUAAUUUGUUAUCUUGCCUCCUAAACACUGUUCUCUGUUCAUCCCUUGUUAUGUGAUCUUAAAUCUGAAUCUGUCUUGUGUUCUAAUAAGUUUUUGCAUAUUAGAUUAUGUAUUGUUAAGGUGGCAAAUUAAUUUGAAGUGUGGUUCCCUUUUAUUGACAGUGUAUAAUUUCUAUUUUUACAAUUUGACUUGUUAAAAUGGAGGAGAACAAAUAACUAUAAAACAAGAGAAAAUGUUACUAAAUAAAAUUGACAUCAGAGAGAACCUCUGAUAAAAUUCUCAGAAAUGUUUUUUAUCUCUGAGGCUGAAAGCCUUAAUCUUUUUUCCUGGACAAUUCUAUUUAAGUCUCUUUGAGCAUAUUAAUAUUGUUUUUUAUUUCUAGGAAGCAUUAUUUAAUUUGUAUUGCAAUACAUUACUUUACUUUUGUUUUAGAAAUAAAUGUAGAGAUGAGAGAACCUCUGAUAACAAAUUAUCUGCAUAAAUUGCAUCCCUUCUAAGUUUAAAAGUCUUGCAUUCGUAUAUUAUAGUGCCAAAGUUGCCAACACUAAAUGCUACUGGAGCUUUAUAAAUAGACCAUGGAUUUUUAGAUUUUAAAAUAUUCAUUUUAUGUGCCUUAAAUAGGUUCUGUUAGUAUCUCGGUUAGUCUUUUUAAAUGGUAGAAUUGGCAUAAAUAAAUCAGGAAACUUCCCAAAAACAUAAAUUUUGACGUUUUAUUUUAUAUAUUUUUCAAAGACAAAAAUAAAUCAAUUUUAUAUAGAAUCAGUAUUGUAUAUUUUGCAAUAACACUGUUUAUCAACAAGUUUAAUUAUUUGUCUUCUAGUUAAAAUUAUUCACAUCAUAAUUUGCCUGACAAUAAAUUACUAAUACUUUCUACAAGUUUUCAAGAGAAAAUGAAUGUCUCCUAUCGGUCAUGAUCACUUUUCUUUCACGGAAAUUCAAUUGCUUUAUCUUAGAAGCGGAGGCAGACUUUUCCAUGAAGUCAGGAAGUAGUGGCAUGGCGACUUUUGUCCCAAGAUGUUGGUCCUGUAUAAUCAUUUCUUGCUAUCUUACAGCAACUUAAAAUUAAUAUCAUCCUUGUCUGUUGUGCCAACACAGAAGAAAAAAGUUAAAAGAAGGGGGCACAAAAGAAAUUUGGCAAAUGUUUCCUUAUAGGAUUUUAAAAAUAUAAUAGUAAUUCACGUUGAAAUAGGCUCUCUCAGGUGUUAUAAAAUUGACAUGUUUUAGUUCAAAUAAUCUUAAAAUAUAUAUAUGAAACUUUAUUUAGUACAAGGCACCCAGGAUAAAAAAAUAGAGUUGUAUCUAAUAUCCACAGUCUAUUUAUAAAUCUAAAUAACAAUUCUUUGUUGUUGCAAACAUUUUUUAUUCAAUUCUCUUUCAUUACCUUCAUUAAAUAAAAUUCUCAUAGAUAUGAGAGAACUUGUAAUCAUUUCUGUUAUUGUUACAUUUUAAUAUCAACACUUAUUUAGAAUUCACACUGAAUAUUUAUUUGCAUGUGGUGUUGAAAUGCUGGAAACAUAUCUUGAAAGUCUUGCAGAUGAAUAAAUAUGUACUUUAAUAAUGAUCUUGUUUACGAAAGGAGAAAAUUGGUAAUUCAUCCUUUGUUGACUCAUUACAUCAUAUUUUUAUGCGAGUUCACCAUUGUGAUGAUACACCUAUAUUUGUCAGAAUACUGAUAAAAAGGCAGGGACCAGAAAUGCCUUUUGAUUUAAGUGUCUGUGGCAAUCACAACAAUUAUGUGGAAUAUUCUUUUAUUAAUGUGAAUGUUAUCUACAUUAGAAGUAUGUUCUUAAAUAUAUCAAUACUGUUUUUUAAUAUGCUAAUGAACAAUUUUGAUAAAACUUAUGAAAUAGCCGUUAACAAAUUGUAAAUGCAAUAAAUAGGAGAAAAUUAGCAAUUACUUAUUCAGAUGUUUACGAGCAAUAGGUGUGUAAUAUAGUGUUUUAUCAGCCUUACAAGGGAUAACGCUGUUCUAUUGUAGAAUGUGACAUUCCUCCAAUUCUUGAAUAUUUUUUAAAAGUUCAAAUGUGGCGUGAGGUUCUAUAUGUAAUUUUACAGUGAGAAAAAUAGUACGUGAAUGUUUUAGGGCAUAUAUGUAUGUAUAUGGGUAUCCAGGGAGGAAACAACAAAACUUCAAAACCAAGUUCUUAAGUCAAUUUAAGUAUACUUUUGUCUAAUAAACUCCUUCGAUAUUUCAAAUGGCUUAGCUAAAAUAAGCAUUCAUGGUCUUGAUUUGAAAAAAUACUUUCUAUGCAAAAACUUGUGUUUCAGAAACACAUAAGCACUCCAAAAACAUGUAAAUUGUUUAUUAUUUACAAAAAUGAAUAUAUUUGUUUACAAAGGAUAAUUAACGCUAAUAAAAC